AUGCUCGGCGCCGAGUAUGCAGAUGGUGCCACAGAGGAUCCUGGGCUUUGCGCCGUGAUAUCCCCCCAUGCAGGUCUUCGCUUCUCCGGGUCUGUGGCUGCAGGGGUUUAUGCCCGUGUGGACGUCGCCAGUGUCGAGUGCAUAUUCCUUUUGGGGCCGUCACACCACGAGCCUUUGGAAGGCUGCGCCCUUCCCGGUGAGGAGGUCUUGGCUUACAGGACCCCGCUGGGAGAUCUUCCGCUGGACUUGGCGGUCCUCGCCGAGCUCCGAAAGACGCACGAAUUCAGCCACCUUCCUAUGCAUGUGGAUGAGGCAGAGCACUCCUUGGAACUGCAGCUCCCUUUCCUCGCAGAGCUCUUUUUGAACAGCCCAAAGAGGCGUCAUCUACCACCUGCGACUAUCGUUCCGAUAUUGGUUGGCCAGGUGAAUGCCCGAAGCGAAGCACUCUACGGGCAGCUGCUGGCACCCUUUCUUCAGCGCAAGGGAACCCUCUUCGUGGUUUCUUCCGACUUUUGCCACUGGGGGGCCCAAUUUGGCUACACACGAGUAGGCUCUCCUUCCCUGGCAAAGACUUAUCGCGAUGGUCCUCAUCCAGACAAUGCUCGGAUUGAGGGCCUGGAUCGAGAGGGCAUGGAUUACAUCCAGCGUCAAGACGCCGCUGCCUUUCGAGCGUAUUUAAGGAGGGAGGGCAACACGAUUUGUGGCCGGCAUCCUAUACUCGUCCUUCUGGAGAUGCUGGCGGCGAGAGAAAGCCGAGCGGAGAUGGGCGUGAACUUUGUGAAGUAUGCGCAGUCAAGUGCGAUGCCGGGGAUGCCGCCUCCUCGCACAGCCUCGGUCUCCUAUGCGUGCGCAGUGUGCAGGCCCAUGUUGGUGGGCGGUGGUUGA